GGAAAAAAAAAUAUUUGUAAUGUGCUGUUUAUAUGGGCUGAUAUAGUUUAGAAAAUAAUGCGUUUUUCUGAGUAUGCAAAACAAAAGCCUUCCGUGUCGAAACUGUAUGUUAUAUAGCUGUUAUAUCGGAACGGAGUAACAUAGACGCUUCAACAGGACGGGCCCAUAUACUGAUUAUUAUUAUUAAUAUUAUUGAUGAGGUACUGUACUGUGAAGGGCCCAUCACUUUGGUUGCGUGACCAGGGAAAAAACACAAUUAGGACUACGCGAAAUGUCGAAACGAAAACAGUUUCUGGAAUCUGUCCAACACGAGCACGUCCAGGACUUUCUGAACUUCAUCGGAUUACACAAGGAUGGAGCUGAUCCGUUUGACCUGGCGGAGGUGUUGCCGGAGCUGCAGAGGAGUCAGAGGCAGGAACUGUGGGAAAGACAGCUGAAGUUGCUGCGGCACAGCCUCAGCGCUCACCCUCCAGAGCGCUGGAUCACUGGAGCUGAGGAGGACGCGGGGGACAUGGAGGUGGAGAUUUCCGAGGAACAGAAACAGACAAUGGCCGUAAUAGAGGGAGUUACGAUUGUUUCUACAGUCUCUGUAGACAUUUUACAGGAAAAUGACAACUAUGCUUCUCUUUUCGAAUGUGCCCAGAUGCUUAAUUGUAUAGAGAGUGCUUUGCCACUCUCACACACUCCUCUCCAGAAGGCUGUUCAUUGGCUGUUUGAAUGCUGGUGGAGACUGGAUCUGAAAGGGAAGGAGGAGCUUGGUUGGACUGCUUUCCUUGUCUGUUUGGAGAAUACUGUUACACUUGAGAAACCGGUCAGUGAGCUCAGAAGGCUCUGUACCCUGCGAGAGGUGCUUCUCAGUGUGGACUUUGCAUCUGAGAGAGGUCAACAGGUCAUUGAUCCUCUCCUCCAAUGUUUCUUCAGACCCUCUCAUAUUAAGCAAGAAGAGGGGAAGCGGUUCCUUGCCUUCCUUUUUUCUUGGAACGACAACUUCAUUCGGAUGAUUCAUGAAACUAUUAAAAAUCAGCUGCAGUUUUUCCCAAAAACUCUGUCUGUUCAUGUGGCUGAGAUUUACUUCAGAGCAUGGAAGAAGGCAUCAGGCUCUUUAAUGGAAGAGAUUGAAUCCACCUGCAUCCAGGACUUUAUGCAGCAUGCUCUGUUGCUGCACAGAAACUCACCUGUACACAGCAAAGUCAGACAGAUCCUUACUUAUUUCCACAAGCAGAAGUUUCGUGAAGGCGUCGAUGAGAUGCUGCACAGACUCUACAAGCCAAUUCUGUGGAAAGCAUUAAAGGCCACCAAUGCUGAGGUUCGUGCCAAUGCCACACUUCUCUUCACUGAGGCUUUUCCUAUCCAUGACCCUAGCAUGAGCAGUGAGAUGGUGGACCAGGCUGUCCAGAAGCAACUCGAUUUACUGUUUGCUCUCCUUGAUGACCCACAGCCCCUUGUGCGUUCUUCUGCAGUGCUGGGUGUAUGUUCUGUCCUGGCUCGUUGCUGGGAGGUCAUCCCUUCCAUGGUCAUCACUGACCUGCUAGAGAAGCUCAUCCUGCAGCUGGCUAAUGACACAAGCUCUCCAGAUGUCCGCUGUUCCGUCUUCAUGUGCAUGUCUAUAAUUUUGGAUAACAGUUUAAGUCAUCCGCUCUUGGAAAAACUGCUUCCUGCUCUGAAGAGUAGCCUCCAUGAUAGCUCUGAAAAGGUGCGUGUUGCCUUUGUGGGCAUGCUCCUCAAGAUCAAGGCUGUACGGGCAGCCAAGUUUUGGAAAGUUUGUUCCAUGGAGCACCUGCUGGCUCGAUUGGAAAUGGACUCUCCUCCCAUUUCCAAGCGAAUCGUCCAUCUCCUGUUCAACUCAUUCUUUCCAGUCAACCAACUGGAGACUGUCUGGUGCGAGCGAUGUGUCACCCUGAUUCAGACAAACCCUGGGGCGGCUCGAAAGUUUUACCAACACGCUUAUCUGUACACAGCUCCUGCUAAUAUAGUCAAGCUGCUGCUGGUGAUCCGAAAGUGCCUCAAUGUGUGCAUUCAAAAUGCAGGAGAUGAUGAAUUUGCAUCUAGCAAUAAAGAAAACAGCACGAUUUUGGAGGAUGUUCUCUCAGUGCAGGACACUGCCUCCAUGGCCAGCCUACUGGAGAUUCUUGUAAUUCUGUGGAAAAGUAUUCAGAAAUCUCUUAUGUCUAACCAAGAGGCCUUUGUGUACAUCACAUCAAAGUUUGCAUCAGUUCUGCCCCAGUAUCUUAAAACCUUUCAGGAGGAACGGUGUAAAGCCCCUCUCAUUCUUCUAGCCUCUCUACUUCCUGCCUCCUCUGUUCCAGCUCUGAGGAGUAAAGUGAUGUCUCACUUGAGGAGUUUGAAAGCAGGCACCGCUGUGACAGCAUACAGUCAGUCAGUGGAGUGUCUGUGUAGCUGGGGGCAGAUCAGCCAUAUUGUGGAGCUGAUAGAGAACUGGCUUGUGGAGGCUGUACCCGUGAGAGCGCAAGGUGAUGAAGAUACAUCUGGUAAAGUGCAUUUUGAUGGGCUGGAAGAGUCAAAACCAGAUCUUGGCCUAGACUAUCUGGACUAUGUACUCCUGCACCCUAAAACCCGAGACUGUCUGAUCACGCUGCCACUGGAUCAGAUCAGAACACUCCAUGGGGCCCUCGACAAAUGGAAGUCGCUGUUGUUUUCCUCUUUGAGUGGAGCAGAGGUCAGUGUGGCAGUCAUUGAGACAGCGCUGAGAGCUUUUAUAAUCCAUGGCCGACUCUGUAUCCAUCUUCAACAUAAAUACCCAGAGGAGCGAGAGUUCCUCAGAUCCCUGGAGCAUUCUGUUUCCUGGGUAGAGAAAGCAGUCCUUCCUUUCCUGGCCAACUCUAGCAGUGAGCAACAAUUCUCCUUAAGCAAGAAGACCGUAGAUAGCUGUUUCACAGUGUGCAAGGAUGUGCUGAGGGUUUCUGUGGGAGACAGUGAUUUCAGAGAGCACUUACUGCAGCAUGUAGCCUCUGUUCUGCAGACAGAGAAAGGAUACAUGUGCAUCCCUUCUGUGCUCGCACUGCUUACUGAGGUGGCACAGGACUGCCUUUCCCAUAAGCCUGAAGAAAGUCUGGAAGAUCAACUAUCCCUCACUAUCCGCAUUUUGACCAACAUAUUCCAGAAAGUUGUGGAGAUCAUAGCGCAUAGACUGCGUAAAGACAAGGAAGAGGGGAAGAAGUUGUGUUGCUUUUCUGAAGAAGCUCUCUAUGACUUCUUGCUGGUGACUAAGUUUACAACCGAGAAGUCAGAGUUCAUCACAGGAGUCUUCUCAUCCCUCUGCGCAGCAGUUAUUAUUGAUAUCAGCCGCACCUUGCAGAAGAUCUCUCAUGUGGAAGAGGUGUUGACUCCAGAGACAGCAAAUGACCUUCCACCUCUCUCAAGCACCAUACUCAAAGUAACGCUCAGAUCACCUGCUGUUACCAGAUUUUUUCUAUCUGAAAUUAGCUCCUCCAUAGAGUCAGAGGCCAUCGAUAAUAUCACACAGUGGGCUGCAGUUGCACACAUUCUGACCAUCAUCAAACAAUCUGAUGCAUUUAUUGUGGAGUUGAAGGAAAUUGCUUUGUCUGUGCGCAGACAAAUACAGAACUAUUACAACAUCACUGCAGAAAACUCUGACAAAAUACAGAGCACCAUCUAUGAAUCCACUGUCAGGAUGCUGAAUGAUAUCCUAAAUCAAUGCCAACAACCAAACAGUUAAAUGGGCAAGCUAAUAGUUUUGAGCUUCUGCAUGCUCCCAGAAGAUCCUUUAUUUCUUAUUUUGUUCUCUCAGCUGUAUACUGUCUUUUUUGUCUCUUUAUACAAGAACAUUCAUUUUAUAAACGAAACCUUCAUAAACUAUUCCUUUUCUUUUGUAAACCGUGUUUCCUUUGCUUAUAACUGUAGGUUAAAAUCUUAUCAAUCUUUGCAAUUGUUUUUUUUCUCUCCAUUUUAUGACAUUUCAGUGAAUCUGGUUUACCUUAAGACAGUACUUAUAUUUAAUGUGCGUUUGAUGAAAUGCGUCCCUCCUCUUUACCUUUUCUGCUUUAUACUUGAUGUGUUGUUGUACUUUGACUUUUCCAUAUUAAACCAUAGAAAUGUACAGACACGUAAUUGCUAAAUGUACUUUGAGAUAUGAAUAUAUGAUAUGAAUAUUUUUUCACGGUGUCAAAGUCUAAAAUCAUGGCGUGAAAUAAAGAAAAGGCACAUGA